CGGUUCCGUUCUUGCGGAGAGAGUGGUUGUUCGUAUAUUGUUCGCUUGUUUUAAUAAUAAAAGAUCGCGUACAUCAUUCAUUCCGUGAACAGAAUAUAUACAGUGUCUUUACAAAAACAUCAAUAUUUGAAAAAGAUUUCUCGAAAUUAAAAAAGAAAAUCUCAUUUCUUUGUGCGAAAUAAUCGAAAAUAGUGUUUUGUUUUUUCGUUUUUUGACUUGAAUUUGGUUUUCUUCUUUUUUGAAGAAUCAACGAAGUGACAGUGUUGUUGUUUUUGAACCCCGAAGAGGAAUUAUUUGAUUCCUCAAGCUUGAUAUAGUGAAAUAUUUGUGAGUGUUCGGUUUUUAAAACGAAAAUUGACUAAUCGAUGUUAAAUAUCGUAUCGUAUAGAGUUCCCGUAUGACUGUGAGGAGGAAUUAGUUUGUGUGUUUAUUGACUUGAAAGUGUUUUUGAUAAAUCCAGCAAACUGUACGGGCACAGGGAGGAAGACAUGCUCACGAUGGAGUCGGAUUUGAAGGGCGGCAGUUUGCACGCGCAAAUGCCCCCACACACCCAUCAUAGUCUCUCGACGAUGGGUCAUCAUGCAACAACAACAUCGCCCUAUCAAAAUUUAGGAGGUCUUGUUUCAAAUCCCAUUUCCGUGAGUCCACCAACGAGUGUUGGUCUCGGCGGUUUGGGAAUGCAACAUCAUCAUCAGCAGCAUCACUACAGUGCCAUGCAGCCAGCCCAACAGCAGCAGCAACAACAAGUGAUGCACAGUUUGGCUCAACAGAGCGCUGUCGCCCAACAGCAACAUCAUUCCCAAUCGCAACAGCAGUCCCAACAGCAUCAGCCUCCAAACAACAACAACAACACCAGCAAGACCAACAACAACGAUCGCGUCAAGAGGCCAAUGAACGCCUUCAUGGUCUGGUCCCGUGGUCAACGUCGCAAGAUGGCUCAAGAGAAUCCCAAAAUGCACAACUCCGAAAUCUCAAAGAGGCUCGGCGCCGAAUGGAAGCUUCUCAGCGAAACCGAGAAACGACCGUUCAUCGACGAGGCCAAACGACUCAGGGCCGUUCACAUGAAGGAACAUCCCGACUACAAGUACCGACCACGUCGCAAGACAAAGACCAUCAACAAGAAGGACAAAUUCCCCCUUGGCGGUGUUGUAUCCGGAGUUGCUGGUAUGUUGGCCGUUGAUCAACGACAAGUCGGCGGCGCCGCUGGUUCCCAACAGCCACAAUUAUCCCGCGAUGUUUACCAAAUGACAAACGGCUACAUGCCAAACGGUUCACAUCUCAUGUACGAUCCAUCAGCUUAUCAGCAGCAUCCAGCUUACAAUAGUCAUAUGGCCGCGAAUGCAGCCGCCGCGGCAGCGUACUCAAGGUACGACAUGGGUCAUCACAUGGGCGGUGGUAGUCCAAGUCCAAUAAAUAAUUACGUGAAUGGCUAUGGUGGUUAUGGUGCAGCAGCCGUUCCCGGUGGCUCACCCUCGCCCUAUCAUCAAACUCAACCUGGAUCACAAAUGUCCAGUCACAGUCCAAGUGGUAGCAGCAUAAAAUCAGAGCCAACGAGUCCAGCGAGCGGCGGUAUUCAUACACCAACACCAACUGGACCAACGUCAUCAGGCGUGCCCGGCGGUGUUAAAAGAGAAUACAUGGGCCAACAGCCACAGCAACAAGCGCCCGAUCUCAGGAACAUGAUCAAUGUUUAUCUACCGGGAAUACAAGAUCAUAAUUCUGUACAGCACAAUUCAGUUUAUGCAACUGGACCAGUUACGGACUCACUAUCGCAGCAUCAUUCAGCCUUACCGCCUCUAUCACACAUGAUUAUAACUUAGAGAGGAUGGAUGGAUGAACGAGGCCUGUGACCCAGAGUGACUCAAACGGACCGAGAGAGAGACAAAGCAAAAUGUGAAACGAGCUUGCACGUGGGGGACCCUGCGGGAACAAAGCUUUCUGCGACUUCGGAAAUUUUCAUGGGCAUGGAAGGACACAUUAUUGGACAAGGAUGCCAUCUCACACGAAAAUUUCUCGAUCAUCUAUCAACGACACCUGCCCACAAUCAUCAUUUUUUAGUGAAAAAUUAAACAAACAACAUUUUUCCUAAACAAAAAAAAA